AUGGGCUACCGCAUCAUUCACAGGAAAUGGAGGCUUCGAAGACCCAUGUGGUGGGGGAUGGUCUUUGAGCUGAUCGGCCUCAUCCCAAUCCUCGUCCUCUUCGGAAUCGAGCAGCCCGACCUCUAUCGCAGCAAAUUCUGGCAGAUCGGCUUCGAUAACAAACUCAACUCGAACCCGAAUAUGAUUCUCUAUGCCUACGCCAACCAUCGGCCGCUGCCCACCAUCCCUUUUGUUUGGUCCCAAAGCCUCACCGACUUCAAUGUCGCCAUAUCCAUCAUCGCGCUCUUUCUCCUUCUCAGCAAGCUCAUCGCCUUCAUCAUGAGGGUCUGGUAUCCCCUGCUCGCCGUGGUCGUGAACGUCGCUGCCGUUGCGCUGUGGACAACCAGUGUCUACGGCCAGAUUGGUCCAGACUUCGCCGAUCCGCGGUAUCCAAGCCCAGUAGCAUGGUACAUUCGGAUGGGCUGCGAGAUUGCCAGACCCUACAACGCCGUCCGUCUUUGCAUGAUCGCAAAGGGCACCCUUGCCGUCACCGUAUACAUGCUGUUCCUCUAUCUCGUUAAUCUCGGACUCGCUAUCCACUCGAUGCUUCCAAACGAACUGAACAAGUCGAAAGAGGAAGAGGAAGAGGAAGACGCAGAUGAUUCCAACGAGGGAAAGAACAACAACGUUGAGAUGAGGGGCAUGGCGUCACCCAUGACGCCUGGCGUUCCAUACACCCCAAGGACGAUGGCCUUCCGUACUCUUGAUCGCAGAGGUCCUUCAUCAUAUGCGUGA